GAAAUAUUAAAUCAAAUCAGAUUAAAUAUUUAAAUUACGGUUUAAUGUGAAUUAAUUUGCGGUGUAUAACACACUUUAUUAGCAAUAGUUGCUAGCCUGCUAAGGUCACCAAUUGAGCAACUGUUGUCUCUUGGCAGAAGUUAAAAGGGUAUGUCCCAUUUUGGGUUUCUGGGAACUGCAAAAUAUGACCGAUUGAAAUAUCCCUUCAUCUUCAUCACCCAUUAGCUUAUGGUUGAAAAAUGGUUAAGGCAAUUGGGUUUAGUCCAGUGAGCUAUUAUGUUGAAUCAUCUUACCUUUGGAGUCAAAAUUCAGUUGCUAACAAUUUGAGGAUAAAAGGAUGUUCUAGGGUUUCUAUUAACCCAAUAGGAAAAAAGAAGCUGAAAUUUAUACUACCAAUUAGAAGUAAAUCUAGAGAAUUUAGGCAUUUUAACUCGGUGGGGCUGGACCGGGUUUUAACAAGUGUGGAUGAGGACGAAAUGAGUGAAGGGUUUUUUGAAGCAAUAGAGGAAUUAGAGCGGAUGACUCGAGAACCAUCGGAUGUUCUAGAAGAAAUGAAUGAUCGAUUAUCGGCCCGUGAGUUGCAGCUAGUUUUGGUGUACUUUUCACAAGAGGGAAGGGAUUCAUGGUGUGCAUUAGAGGUUUUUGAGUGGUUGAAGAAGGAAAAUCGUGUUGAUAAAGAGACGAUGGAGCUAAUGGUUUCAAUCAUGUGUGGGUGGAUUAAGAAUAUGAUUGAAGGUGAAAAGGAAGUUGGGGAAGUGGUUGAUCUUUUGGUGGACAUGGAUUGUGUUGGUUUAAAACCCAAUUUUAGUAUGAUGGAGAAGGCUAUUUCUGUUUACUGGGAUUUGGGAAAGGAAGAACAAGCUGUCACUUUUGUUGAAGAGGUUUUAAGAAGGGAAAUCAUGUCCGUCGAGGAUGGUUCGGAUGAUGUACAUAGAGGAGGCCCUGCUGGUUACCUUGCUUGGAAGAUUAUGGAGAAAGGAGAGUACAGAAAUGCCGUGAAACUCGUGAUUCGCUUAAAGGAAAAUGGGUUAAAUCCCGAAACUUACAGCUAUCUAAUUGCAAUGACGGCUGUGGUGAAAGAGUUGAAUGAACUUGCAAAAGCUUUCCGUAAGCUAAAGAGCUUUGCUAGAGCGGGCCUUGUCGCUGAGCUGGACGAAGAAAAUAUAAGGCUUGUAGAAGAAUAUCAGUCUGAUCUCGUUAAUGACGGGAUCCAACUAUCCAGCUGGUUGAUCGAAAAGGGAAAUUCUUCGGUACUUGGUUUAGUUCACGAGAAGCUCCUUGCUAUGUACAUAUGUGCUGGCCACGGACUUGAAGCCGAAAGACAGUUGUGGGAGAUGAAGCUUUUAGGCAAAGAGGUCGAGAGAUACUUUUACGACAUAGUGUUAGCCAUCUGUGCCUCUCAAGGCAAGGAAGGAGCUGUUUCUAGACUGCUAACGACAUUGGACGCGUCAAGCUCUUCGUCUAAGAAAAAAUCUUUAUCAUGGUUGCUCAGAGGCUAUAUCAAAGCCGGGAAUUUUGAAAAUGCCGCGGAAACAAUAUCCAAAAUGCUCGAUUCAGGGUUGCAACCCGAUCACUUGGACCGGAUUGCUGUUGUUCAGGGACUCAGACGAAUGAUACAACAACGGAGGAGUAUGGAGAUCUAUCUACAACUGUGCAAGCGCCUCUCAGAUGCGGACUUGAUUGGACCUUGUCUCAUAUAUUUGUAUAUAAAAAAAUAUCGGCUUUGGAUCAUAAAGAUGAUCUAGGCGACGAUAGAGGAGUUACUCGAAAGUUACAAAGAAUACUGCUGCUGUGUUUUUGAAUGUUGCUAAGGAUGUAUGUGUAUAUCAGUACAUAUGUAUAUAUUUGUGUAUAUCACUGUUCUUUAAACAACCAAGAUUUAGGUGCCUGUGAAUGGUAAUUGUACAUGUUACAAGAUGGCUUGAGUUAAAAUCUUCUCAAGAGUGAUAUUGAAACCAUGUAUCUCUUUCUGCUUUGCUUGAGCUUGUCUUGUCUGUAGGUCUAUCAAACUGAUCGGGUUUGUGUUUGAGUCAUAUGUAAUGGGUCAAAAACCUUUUGAUCUGAACCUAAUCCGUUUAGUUAAAUGGAUUGGAAAUAACAAUUCUGACUAGAUUUGUAACA